UCUGAAUAAUUUUAUUUUCAACAUAUUUUUACAAAAAUCAUGCUAUUACGCAUCCAUUUGAUAACUAAUUUUUUGCUAACGAUAAUCGGCUAUUAUGAAUUACGUUUUAUUUUUAUUUUCAGCGGUCAAGCUAUUUGACUUCAAUACAUUUUUUAAUUUUGUCUAAUUAACUUCACAUAAUGAAGUCAACUGCAAAGUCAGAAUGUGAUAAAAAAUUCCAAGAAGAUUUAGCACAAGCUCUUAACAUGGAGACAUUGGCUUUAGAAGAAUUUCGUAAUCGAAAAAUACAAUCUGAAUCUUUGACAAUUAACAGUAGUAAAACAAUACAAAAAUCCAAAAUAACAUCAUUUCAGUCAAUGUCAGAAACUACCAAUUACUGUAAUGAAUCAUCUAGAGUAAGACCAAGACCAGGAUCUUUUAAUACAAAAGAACCAUUAGUACCACGGAUAAAACCACCUCCUCGAAGAAAUACUACUGUAGCUAUCUCAAAAAGUAAUACUAAUGAAUCAGUUAAAGACUUAGUUGUUCUGGAAUCACCACCUUUAGAUGAUCUCAUGAAAAAUCUAGAGCCAUUUGACUUUGUAGACAGGAACAAAAUUGCUUGCUCAAUUGAUAAUUCAACAUUCCAGAAUUUCAAUGAUAAUAACUUAUUUAAUAAUUCAAAUUUACAUUAUAGACAAAAUAUUGAUAGUAAAACACAAAUUCUUAAAAAAAAUUUAGAAAAAUUGUAUCAAGAUAAUUUUAGUCCUAUAAAUUAUUCUGUAGAAAAAUCUAAUGUUGGAUAUCAAAUUCCUCAGCAAUUGUCCCAACAAAUAUUGCCAUCUAGUUGCUGGUCAACUGAAACAUUGCAAAGCUUUUCCAGUAAUAAAAUUAGCACACAAUCAGAGUUAUUAAUGUCUGGAAUUAAAAGAAAUGUUAUUCCUGUUGUGACUAAAAAACAACACAAUAAUAACCUUAUAGAUUUAAAUUUUUUUGAUAGCCCAGAAUAUUGCAAUAAGAGUUUUUCAAAUGUCAGAACUAGUGUACUUGAAGCAUUUGAUCCAUUAUUAUUUGAUGGUGCUGGAACAUACUCUCAGAAUGAUUCAGCAGAUAAAAAUGAAUCAUUUUAUGCUACUUAUGAUCCAUUUGAUUAUAUGUAUUCACCUUGUAUAUCAUCACAAUCAUCAGAUCCAAUUUAUGCUGCUGUAAUAAAGACACCUGUUCAUUCUCCACCACCUGUUCCUCCUAGAAGUUCAACAACACCUAAAGAAUCAAAAGUUUGUAAAAGUAUAACUUAUGAAAAUAUGGGAUUAGUGAAACGAUCAUCUGUUCUUCAUGACCCUGAUGUUGUUGCAUUUUAUAAUAUGGUGAAACAAGUCAGAAAAAAAUUUAUUUACACUGAUUCUAAUACUAAUACUGGAAUAAUUGUAUGCUCAAAAUUUGAAAACAAUAUACAUGAAAAUAUCAGUACUAAAUUCAUUGUUAACUGUAAACCAAUCAGGAAUACUCCAAUUAUUUUCACUUGUGACGUUGGAAGUAGUGUGGAACAUGUUAUAUCACAAGUAAUUUGUGAGUUAGAUAUUGAAAAUAUACAAAUUAGUGAUUAUUUUUUGAAAGUGAAGAAUUUCUGUGAAUAUAUGUUACCAAUAAAUAUGCCAGUUAUCAACUUUGAAUAUGUUCAUGAAUGUAUAAAGUUAGAUGUAGAUGUUGAAUUAUGUCUAGUUCACAAAGAUGAUAUUUCACACACUUAUGCUAGACAAGCUCAAGAUGAUAUGUGUGAUAAUGAAUUAGGCUUAAAUGACUUGUGCCCAAAUGAAAUUUCUCAACCAAUAACACAUGAUACUCUUAAAAUUCUUCUUGAUACACUUGAUGGAGAAAUUAAUAAAAUGAAGGAACAUGCUACAGCUCUAUUUAAGAAACAAAUUUUUUCUCCAUUGCAGCCAAAUGGUGUUCAACAAGCAAUUAAAGCACUUACAGCAUUUUUAGGAAAUAUUGAACCAUUAGACUUAACCCUAACUUUAAAUAACUUUAUUAUGUCAUGUAACGAAAUUUCAAAUAUCACUCAGCAAGAUUUAUAUGGCAGAAGAACUGAAGUCGUGAUGGAUGAUGGUGCAGAUUAUUCAGUUGUUAGAUUAAAAUUCAAUGAAUCAGAAAAAAUUGAUCAUAUUUCAGACUUGUGUUUGAAAAUUAAAGAAAAUGUGCAAACAUUAAUUGAAAAUUAUUGUAAAGCUUUUAAGGUUGAUUUUCAAUUGAAUUUUACAUCUUCUCAAUUAUCAGGGAUAAAACUUUCUUCUGAAAUUUUAGAUAAUGUAGUUGUUUAUAUUAGUGGCUUACAUAGAUUAUUUCCUUCUUGGAGUCAUGAUGAAUAUUUGAUUGCUGGACAAAUUUAUCAUGGAACUAGGCCAAUUGUUUGUACAGCUCUUUCAAAAACUGUACUAGCUGAACAUUCAUUGUACAAGCGUGUUGUGUUUGAUUCAUGGUUAGAAUUUGAAAAUAUUAAUGUGUGUCUUCUGCCUCGUGAAUGUCGUUUAGUCUUAGUUGUGUAUGGUAGAACAUUUAAUACAGAAGGUCAAGAUGCUUCUGCUACUGUUUCUCAAACUGAACUUGGCUGGGCUUCUUUACAGUUUUUUAAUGUUGAAGGUGAAUUUGCUCAAGGCAAGCAUUUACUAUCACUUUGGCCUCCAUGUGCAGACAAACGUCUUGGGCCAGCCCCACCUCCAGGCACACAUCCUUACAGUCAUUCACAUCCAGUUCUUAGUGUUGAAGUACAAGAGUUUGAUUCAAGAAUAAUAUUUCCCUCUAUUAAUCGGGAUUAUAAUCCAAACAUAAAUGAUAGUUUUGAUUUUACUAGUCUAGAUAUAAACACUCAAGAGCAACUAUUGGAUAUUAUUUAUCAAGACACUUUUACUAGGCCUUUAUCAGAAGAUAGAGAAGUAUUGUGGGAAAAGAGAUAUUAUUUGCUCUCAAAACCAGAAGCUCUACCUAAGGUUUUAUUAGCCGCUCAUAGUUGGGAUUAUGCUUGUUUAGCAGAUUUAUACUCUAUGCUUAGCUGUUGGGCUCCUAUUAAGCCUCUUGAUGCUUUACAAUUAUUUCUACCUUGUUUUCCUGACAAUGAAGUUCGCCGUUUAGCUGUAAAACAAAUACAACUCCUAAGUAAUGAUCAACUCAUUGAUUUCCUUCCUCAACUAGUGCAAGCUAUUAAACAUGAAACUUAUGAUAACUCGCCUUUGGCUGAAAUAUUGUUAGAAAAAUCUUUAUCAUCACCUAAAAUUGCUCAUCAAUUGUACUGGCUUUUAAUGCAACCACUUCCAGGUCAAUCACCUCAAAAUACUUAUGAUACUUUUUGUCCUGAUGAUAAAACUGUAAGUGAAGCAAGAUAUUAUAGAAGACUACAGUUGCUCCUAAGAGCCUUAAUUGCUACUUGUGGGGAAGCUCUUAGAAAAUGUUUCAUGUCUCAACAACUUUUAAUGAAAGAACUUUUUGAUACUGCUGAAAAUUUAAAAGCUAGUAAAGAAUCACACAGACUUAAAGUUCUCUCUAACGAUUUAUUAAACAUCAGUCAAUGUUUAAAUGAUACACCUACAUCUUUACCCCUUAGUCCUAGUAUACAAGUAAAUGGUAUUCAAACGAAAUCAUGUUUUUAUUUCCCAUCCAAUACAUUGCCGUUGAAAAUUAAUUUUACUUCUGUAGAAGAAAAUGUUAUCAUUCCUGCAAUUUUCAAAGUUGGUGAUGAUUUACAACAAGAUAUGUUAACUAUACAAAUAAUUAGAAUAAUGGACAAAUUAUGGCUUAAAGAAGGAUUAGACUUGAAAAUGGUAACAUUUGCUUGUGUUCCAACAGGUGAUAAAAGAGGAAUGAUUGAAAUGGUAACGAAUGCUGAAACUUUAAGGAAAAUCCAAGUUGAAUUAGGUUUGACGGGUUCUUUUAAAGAUAGGCCAAUUGCUGAAUGGCUGGCUAAACAUAAUCCUUCCGCAUUAGAAUAUGAAAGAGCUGUAGCUAAUUUUACUGCAUCGUGUGCUGGUUAUAGUGUAGCAACUUAUAUUCUAGGAAUAUGUGAUCGACAUAAUGAUAAUAUUAUGAUGAAAACUACAGGACAUUUAUUUCAUAUUGAUUUUGGAAAAUUUUUAGGAGAUGCACAAACAUUUGGAAACUUUAAAAGGGAUCGUACACCUUUUGUUUUGACUUCUGACAUGGUUUAUGUAAUUAAUGGUGGUGAUAAGCCAUCUAUUAAAUUUCAUCAUUUUGUUGAUGUUUGUGUUCAAGCAUUUAAUAUUGUUCGCAAACAUGGCAAUUUAUUACUAAACUUGUUUGGUUUGAUGGCAUCAUCUGGUAUACCUGGUGUUACAAUGGAUGCUGUUAAUUACGUUCAAAAGGCUCUACUCCCUGAACUAUCUAAUACAGAAGCUGCAGCUUCUUUUGCACGCAUGAUUGAAAAUUCUAUUAAAUCACGUUUUACCCAGUUUAAUUUUUUUUUACAUAAUUUAGCACAAAUGAGAUUUAAUAAUGAACAAAAUGGUACUGAAUUAUUAAGUUUUGUACCAAAAGUUUACACGAUGUCUCAAGAAGGUAAAAUUGAACAUGUUGAAGUUUAUGGUUGUCAAAAGCGUUAUGAUCCUGAAAAGUAUUAUGUGUAUAUACUUAAAGUUUUUAGAGAAAACCAAAGAGAUCCAUCAUAUCAUUUCCGUUCAUAUAAAGAGUUUUCUGAAUUCCAACAAAAGCUAUUACUUUUAUUUCCUUUAGCAAAGUUUUUAAGUUUAUUAAAUACAAGCAUUCAUAUGGGUAGAUCUCAUAUUAAGCAAGUAGCAGAAAAAAGGCGUGUAGAAAUCCAACUUUUUUUAAACACAUUAUUUCAAAUGGCUCCUGAGGUUAGUCACUCAGAUCUUGUUUAUACAUUUUUCCAUCCACUUUUGCGGGAUCAACAAGAAGAUAGUAUUGACGAUACAAAAUUAAAAGAACCUAAAAAACCAGCUUAUGUGAGGGAAAAUCGUAUACGUGGUCAGUUAAAACUAACCUUACAUUAUCAACGCGGUGCAUUCAUGAUUAUGAUUCAUCAUGCUAAAGACUUACCUCGUGUAGCAGGUAAUCAAGAACCUUCAACUUAUGUUAAAGUAUAUUUGUUACCAGACCGCAAUAAAGCAACUAAGCGUAAAACUAAAGUUGUCAAAAAAAAUUGUUUUCCAUCAUUUAUGGAGAUGUUGGAGUAUAGAAUGCCAUUAGAAAUUGUGCAAUAUAAAGUUUUACAAGCAACUAUUUGGAGUCAUGACGCUUUUCAAGAAAAUGAGUUUUUAGGCGGUGUAACUAUUGAAAUCAACAACAUAGAUUUAUUUUCAGAGACAACAUCUUGGUAUAAUUUGUCUAAUAUGUAUAGAUAAGUAGUAUAUGCAAAUGAAUUAGUUUUUUAAUUCUGUGAGUUUUAUUUUCUCAGAUUAAAUUUUAUUGUAAUUCAUUACUAAAAUUAUUUUUUUACCAAUAUUACUAAUAUUCAUUCAUCUUAAAUUUUAAAUUUACCAAUUUUUCUUGUGUUAAUUUUUUUACAUACUUAUGACCUAAUUUCUUGGUGAUUGGGUAAAUAGCACUUCUUCUAAUUCUUUAAACUUUAUAUUAAAAGUAUGAAUUACUUUUGUUAUUGUUUUAAAAUAAAUUAUACAAAUUUUUCUUAUUAGUUUAAUCUCUUAGUUCAAAAAUUAUUCAUCUAAUAAAAAUAAAACUUGAUUUAUUUUAAAAAUGCUCAAUACUAGAACAAUUAUGCAAUUAUUUACUGUAGUUGUAGGUAUGACAAUUAUGUAUUAGUGUUAAGACUUUUAAUUAUUCAACUAAGUUUCUUUAUUAAUAAAACUAAAUAAAAACAUUCUCAUUUAAUGUUAAUUUUUUUUUUUUUUUACAAUGUAUUACUCUUUAAAAUAUUUUGUGUAAGAGUAAACAAAUUUAUCUAUUCAAAAUUCAAACUUUAUAAUGCUACACUUUAGUUUGACUACAAAUUAUGGUAAUAUAAUAAGAUGUUAAGGUUAUACCUUAAAAACUCAGCUGUAUAUUUGUUUAGUCAAGACUAUUUGUGAAAUAAUGUUUAUUGACAUUUAUUGAAGUUAAGGAUCUAAUUUUUUUGAAUAUUUAAUUUGAAAAAUAAUGUUCUUUAAUAACACUCCUCAAUAUUUUAAAAAUUUACCUUAAUUUGUAAUUAGUAAUGGUUAUAAAAUUUAUUAUUUUAACAAAAUUACUAUCAACUUUUAUGUUAAGUUUUUACUAUAACUAUAUUUAUAAUUUAAGUUUUAUUUUAUUUUUAUGUUAUGCAAUUAUACUUUAUAUUUUUUAGUAGUAUUUUAAAACUUGACACUUCAGUUUAUCAUGUAACAUAAAAGAAAAUAAUUUUAAAAAAUGUUAUCAUAAAAAUUAAAGAUUAAUAUUUAAUUAUUAUCAAAAUUCAACGUUUUAGUAUUAUAAUAUUUUUAUAUUUAAUUAAAUUUUUAUCUGUUUUUUUCUUUACAAAAUUAUUUAACUAAAAAUUGUCACCUAAAAAUAAAACUUACACUUAUUUUGACAAUACAUAUUUUUUUUAAUUAAUUUACUGUAUUAUUACCCUAAUUUGAGAUUUCACUACUCAAACUUUUAUAAUCAAUGUGAGACUGAAUUAUUUUAUAAAUUUAUUUCUAUUUUUUAUGAUAUAUUUAGUGUAACCAGUGAUUUUUAAAUUUUAUAAUUAAGAAAUGACAAUUUACAUUUUUAUAUAUAUUUUUUUUAUUAUACAUAACUUUACAAACCAUAGAAUAAUUCUACUUAAUGGUAAUAAAUUACUCAGCAUAUCAUGAUUGUAUCUUAUAUUUUGUUAUAUAAUAAUUAUUGUUAACAAAUAUUCUUUUUUAUAUAAAUUGAAUUUAUAAUUACUUAAUGAUAAUUAAAAUUUUGAAUUUAUCACAUAAAACCUCGGUUUAAUAUUUUUGAUUCUUAAUUUUUAUUUUAGAUUAGAUAUCUGUAGUGUUAGUUAUGAAUAUCACUAUUGGUUAUUUUAUAUAUUUUAAAAAACUGACCAUGUUAUUUUAAUUAUAAAUAUAUUGUUAUCAAUUUAUAUUAAUUUGCUAUUAUGUUAUAUUUACAAUGUUUGCUAUGUUGUUCAUUUAUAUUGGUAUUAUUUAAUUUAAUCUAAUGUAAGUUUUUUAUUAUUGUAUAUUAAAUAUAUAUAUUUAUUAUUUAA